UUGUUCUCCCUUGGGUGCUGGGGAAACUGGACCCUUCCUGGUUCUAUUGCCUUCGCCCCUUUUACUUUUGGACAACCUCCCUGCCACCAACGGUCUCUCUGAGCACCAGGAGUUUGUGUACAUUAGCAGAAGUUGGAGUUGAAUGGAAGUGUCUUUUAGAGCUUUCCCAGGCCAACAAAGCAGACAUUGGGGUUGUGAAGGAACUCCUACAUUCAAAUCAAAAAUCAAAUCAAAUUCGCUACUUGAUUUAGGAGGAUGGGUUCCCCGACAGAGGAAGAAGAGCAGCCCCGGGGGCCCUCUGACAUCACGGUGUUCGGGGCCAACUGCACUCUCCACGGCCUCAGCCACAUCUUCCUUCCCGGUGGGGUGACCAUCCGGCGUCUUCUCUGGUCCAUCGCGUUUACCAGCUCCCUGUCUUCCUUCCUCUACCAGGUGGCAGGAAUGGUGAUGCUGUACUACCAGUACCCCCACGUCACCAUCCUGGACGAGAUGGACAGCCCUGUAAUGCCCUUCCCAGCCAUUACUCUCUGUAACUAUAACAGCUUCCGUAAGUCCCAGAUGACGAGGAACGACCUGUUCUGGAUGGCCGGGAUGCUCGGCGUGGAGCAGGGAGACUUUGAUGACUUCCUGGCUGCACUGGGGACGCCCACAGACAACAGUAAGUUCUUCCCCAGCAAGACAUUCAACAUGCUGGAGUUUGUGCAGCGGACAAGUCACAACAUAGACGAGAUGCUGCUCGACUGCAAAUACAGAGGGAGGGAGUGCGGUCCGGAGAACUUUACAACGAUUUACACGCGGUACGGAAAAUGCUACACGUUCAACUCUGGAUUGGAUGGCAACCCGAUGUUGACAACGUUGAAAGGCGGGACAGGAAAUGGGCUGGAGAUCAUGUUAGAUAUCCAACAAGAUGAAUACUUACCUGUUUGGGGAGAGACAGAUGAGACCUCGUACGAAGCAGGCAUCAAGGUUCAGAUUCACAGCCAGGAUGAACCUCCCUUCAUUGACCAGCUGGGAUUUGGUGUGGCCCCUGGUUUUCAAACUUUUGUGUCAUGUCAGCAGCAACUGCUUCAGUACCUCCCUCCCCCAUGGGGAGACUGCAAGUCCACUCCCAUCGACUCUGAGUUCUUCUCCACGUACAGCAUCACAGCCUGCCGCAUCGACUGCGAGACACGCUACCUGGUGGAGAACUGUAACUGCAGGAUGGUCCACAUGCCUGGGACCUCAACAGUAUGCACACCAGAGCAGUACAAAGACUGUGCAGACCCAGCUUUAGACUUCUUGGUAGAGAAAGACAACGACUACUGUGUGUGUGAGACACCCUGCAGCAUGACACGCUAUGGCAAAGAGCUGUCCAUGGUGAAAAUACCCAGUAAAGCCUCUGCCAAAUAUCUGGCCAAGAAAUUCAACAAAACUGAACAGUACAUCGGAGAAAACUUACUAGUCCUGGACAUCUUCUUUGAGGCAUUGAAUUAUGAGAAGAUUGAACAGAAGAAGGCGUAUGAAAUUGCAGGGUUACUUGGUGACAUUGGUGGGCAGAUGGGUCUGUUCAUUGGAGCCAGUGUUUUAACGAUAUUGGAAAUAUUUGACUACUUAUAUGAGGUAUUUAAGGAUAAAGUUUUGGGUUACUUCAUGCGCAAGAAACGACCGCAGCGUUGUCCAAGCGACAAUCUGGAGUUUCCAGAGAACCCAACCAGCCCUGGUGUCACGCCUAAUCAUGCCCCCAGAGCACCUGUGACACCCUCCGGAGUCACUCGGACAGUCUCGGAUUCACGCCGAACAUGUUACCUCGUCACCCGACUCUAGGCAACUUUGAGGAGUUUGCUUGUUGACGACAUAAA